GGAGGCCAGUCUGCUUCGAUCCGUCAAGCGAUCGUGAUCGGUGCGUAGGCCAGUCCUGUAGUCAGUCCGCACUACGUUCGAGCAGUGUCGCCGCACACGGACGUACUUUCAGCCCGAGGAUGCGACUAGUUAGUGCGACGUGAUACACGCUCGUCGAGUACUGUGUGUGACGCACGUGAUUCCGUAUCAUCGAAUCAAGACGGGAGAGAAACACACCCACGCUCAAUCAGCAAAGAAAGAAAGGAGAGCAUCCUCUCUUACCUACCGCUACUCCCGCUCCUUCUUCAACCCUUCAGUCCGAUAAACGCUGACAUCGACAGCUCCUACGAUCGAUAGGACACACACCGGAUACGUGCGUGUGUGUGUGCGUGUGUGUUGUGUGUGCGCGCACGGACUUGUCGUCCGUCGAGCGAUCACGCAGCGUGUGCUCUCGCGCGAGACUCGUCGAGAGGGUGUCGCGAGAGGAGAAAGAGAGAGGGAGAACGAGCCACCCGAAUUGAUCGACUCGGCCGCUGACUGACUCCGGGGAUUCGGUGAGGUAGCAGCGAUGAAGGCGAUGGUGGUGAGUCCGGUGGGUGGCCGAGUGCCGCCCAAUCGCGGCGUCCUGCACAACGGCCUGGGGAUCGGCGGCACACGGCGCGACCUGGAGGCCGAGGAGGUGGCCGCGUACUUGACCAAGCUGCGCUCGCUGGUGCCGGACAUGCCGCGCAAGCGGAAGCUGUCGAAGCUCGAGGUGAUCCAGAGGGUGAUCGAGUACAUCUGCGACUUGCAGACCGCCCUGGAAGAGACGAACGCCGCGCACCAGGACACGAAGACAACGCAGUCGUCGAGGCAGCCGCUGCAGCCGCUGCUGAACGCCGCGGUCAUCACCACCGCUGCCUCGACCGCCACGACGACGACGUCCAUCGCCGCCGCAGCGACCAUCGCCGAGCGGUGACCUGUCGGCAGGAGCGAGCACUGAGGUCGCGUGCAAGAGGUCACCAUCCUUCUCGUGGGCUGACCCCGGCAGCUUUCGCGACGAUCGUCCCGCUCGUCUUCGAAGAACUGCCCCUCCCGGUCGCGCGGACUUGAGAACCACGACGUCAUUAUUUUCCAGCGACAGGGGAUUGAACGUUCGAAGGGAGGAGAGGGGGAGGGAUAAACGGGAGUCCGCUGACGAUGGUGUUCGCACCCGGGGAGAAGAUGACGGUGAUGAAGAAGGAAGCGCGAGACCCCGACGUCCCUCUCUUCCUGCGCGCGAGGAGAAUUUGUAAAUACACUUGUACAUAGGCUCAUCGCAUUCCUCGUGAGAUCUCUUUCACCGGUUAUACGGAUCCGGCACGACCUCCCUUCCUUCCUGUCUCCAUUCCCUUUUCUCCCUCCUCCUCCUCGUAAAACCUUUAUCGUUCCGACGUGGCCGCGAUGUCUCGUCUCGAGAGAUCGGGACACUCGUGCCUGUUUCGUGAGGGUUUCGUUCUUUGCGAAAGGUAGUCUGUAAAAAAAAAAAAAAGAAAAACACGACGGGGAAGUUGCGAUCGGUAUAAGUUUUCCGACGAGACAUCUCUCGCAGCGGCGAUUCGGCUCGAAUUUUCAUCGUCGCGACCGCCGGCGUGCACUUUAGGACCUCAUCGAUCAUCCACGCGAACUGCUCUCGCGGUUUUACGAGGAUGCGUCGUGUCGAGAAGUGGAAAGAGAGAAAGAGAGAGAGAGAGAAAAAGUACUCUCUUUCUCUCUCUCUUCUUCUCUCUCUGAAACGUUUGUUACACUCGAAUCAUUACGGCGCCCCGCCCAACUGGUCGCCGAUCGAUCGCCUUUUCUUGCACGGUCUCUCUUGGAAAACGCUCCGUCGUCGACAGUCGGUGGCAGUUGGAGCAAUUUGUAGAUAGCGCAGAGAGAAAUUUAUUUCGAGGAAUCGAAAGCAGGUGCGUGUAACAGCGGUGAGCCGAGGAUCCCGAUGCCGAAGAGAACGCGUGCUCCGGGUUCGCGUUUACCCGGAAAAUACGUUGACACGGUGCGAGAUUUCCGAUCUUUCUCGGCGAAUCAGACUCACCGAGAUCACACCCGGCUGGUCUUUCGACGCCCCGUUUAUUUACCGUAUCGCUGGUAUCUUUCAUUAUUGUAUGAUUAUUGUAUCGUUAUCCCAUAGCCCCUUAUGUUAUAAUUUAGGAAAGGCUAACUCUCUUCCCCGAUUCCCCAGCCCGCGUAACUAUUGUAUAUUUGCAAAGACUGAAAGGCUGUAAGUACAUCAUUGCGCGGGCGUGAUACGACACUCGCACACGGUACACACACACAACACGUACGUACACGAAAUAAACGCAAACUGUGUCUAUAAGUUA